AUGGCAUUGACUAAGCAACAACUAAAAGACAUUGAAACGCAUUUGGUGGAACUGGCAGCAAAAGAAGUGGGCCCAAUAAUAAAAGAAAAAGCCGGAACCCUGUUUGAAGCAUUUGACGAUAAAGCUAACCAGGUAGAUCUAGUCACUGCUGUAGACAAAAAAAUCGAGGCUAUCAUCAAGGAUUCUCUCGCAAAACAGUAUCCGGACUUCAAGUUCAUCGGAGAAGAGACGUUUCAACCCGGAGAUACCGCGAUUGGUAAGGAACCCACAUUCAUUAUCGACCCAAUUGAUGGCACCACGAAUUUCAUCCACGGAUACCCCUACAGCUGUACCUCCCUUGGGCUCGUUGAAAACGGGAUUCCGGUAUGUGGUGUAGUAUUCAACCCCCAUUUGGAUAUGAUGUUUCAUGCCUCUGCGGGGAAUGGCGCCUUUCUGAACGGUAAACCAAUCAAAGUCACAGAACGCGAUUUGACGCUGCAACAAUCUAUACUUGCGCUCGAGGCUGGCUCUGAACGUUCGUCUGGCUCUUCGGGUGAUGAUAACUUCGACAUCAAGCAAGCCACUUACAAAAACCUGCUGAGCGACCAGGGUGCAUACAUUCACGGUAGCAGAAGUUGUGGUAGCGCAGCCAUGAACAUGUGCUUCGUGGCUGCUGGAAAACUCGAUGCUUACUGGGAAGGCGGAUGUUGGGCCUGGGAUGUAUGUGCCGGCUGGUCUAUUUUGACCGAAGCUGGCGGUAUGGUCGUGGGAGGAAAUCCUAACGAAUGGAAAGUUCCUGUGGACGACCGUUGUUAUUUGGCCGUUAGAGGCGGGUGUACUGAGCCUAUGCAAAAAAAGUUUGUAGAAAACUUUUGGUCCCAAGUUGCUGGGAAACUGAAGUACCACUGGUAG